AUGAUCCAAAGAAAUGGCACCAGAGUGACUGAGUUCAUUCUACUGGGAUUUGCAGUUCGCCAAGAAAUGCAAUACAUCCUCUUCCUUGUCUUACUGGUCAUCUACAUUACAUCUCUAGUAGCUAAUUUUGGUAUGAUUCUCCUCAUCAAAUGUGACACACGCCUUCACACUCCCAUGUAUUUUUUCCUGCAAAACUUGGCUUUUGUUGACCUCUGUUACACAUCUGCUAUCACUCCCAAGAUGUUAGUAAACUUCCUGGUGUCAGAUAAAUCUAUCUCAUUCUCAGGGUGUGUGAUACAAUUCUAUGUUUACGGCACAUUUGUCACAAUUGAAUGUUACCUUCUGGCUGCCAUGGCUGUAGAUCGUUAUGUGGCCAUUUGCAACCCACUCCGUUAUCCAAUAAUCAUGUCCCAGAGGGCAUGCAUCCAAUUGGUCACUGGAUCCUAUGUUAUGGGUUCCCUGAAUGCCACCAUACACACAGGAUUUCUCUUUUCGUUGUCCUUCUGCAAUUCCAACACCAUCAAUCACUUCUUUUGUGAUGGACCCCCAAUCCUGGCCCUUUCCUGUUCUAAUAUUGAUGUCAAUGUUACAUUGAUAUUCAUUUUGGGGGGCUUUAAUAUGCUAAGCACAUUGGUGGUGGUGUUCUUCUCCUACAUUUACAUCCUGGCUGCCAUCUUGAGGAUGUCUUCUGCUGCUGCAGGGAGGCACAAAGCUUUCUCUACUUGUACCUCCCACCUGAUUGCUAUCACCAUUUUCUAUGGGACACUUUCUUACAUGUAUUUGCAGCCUUCUUCCAGUGAGGCACAAGAGAAUGAUAAAGUGGCCUCUGUGUUUUAUGGUAUCAUCAUACCCAUGCUGAACCCCCUAAUCUACAGUCUGAGAAACAAGGAGGUGAAAGAUGCUGCAAAAGUUCUUUUAAAAAGUUGUUCAUGA